UCUCGGUUUGACCUUUUCGAGAAGAGAAGAAAACCCUAAACCCUCGCAAUUUAGCACCAGAACUACGAUCUCCAUUCGCUCCCUGCAAUUGGUACAAUGCAAGAGCCAGUGAAAGGCACAGUAACGCCUCUGGCCUCACUGUUUCCGCCGGAGGAAGCUCAAAAGGCCUCGAAGCGUGUGCAGGACGCGCUCGCCGACCGGCAAUCGGAGCUCGAUCUUCUCCAGGGAUUCAUUGCCGACAACACCGCCCUCGUCAACCUAGUCCAACGCCUUCCCGACGAACUCCACCAUGACAUCAUGGUUCCGUUUGGGAAAGCUGCAUUCUUUCCUGGUCGUUUGGUUCACACCAAUGAGUUCCUGGUUCUUCUAGGGGAAGGUUACUAUGCUGAGAGAACAUCUAAACAAACUGUAGAGAUCCUAAACAGAAGAGGGAACGCUUUGGAAUCACAAGUUGAUUCCUUGAAGGCCAUGAUGAAGGAUUUAAAAGCUGAAGUUUCAUUUUUUGAUGCUACAGCUGCUGAAGCAGUGGAAGGACUUGUGGAGAUCAGGGAAGAUUAUGUUGAGGAAAGUUCUUCAGAGAGGGUGAUUGAAAGAGGUCCUCCAAAACCAGAUUCUCCAAGGUUUUCUGGAGAAGACAGCAUGAAAGUUGCUGCUGAAGAUGAAGAAUAUGCCCGCAUGAUGUUGAGGUUCGAUGAACUUGAGAAAGAAGAACUUGCUGCUGGAAGUGGAGAUGAGCAUGAUGAAGAUGAGCACAAUGAAGCUGAUGUUGAUCACUCCCUGAGUCAGCUUUCUGGUGAUCAUGUUCUUGGAAGUUUAGAGGAGCGCCAAGUAAGGAAGCCAUUGCAUCAUUCAAAGGAUGAAUAUGCAACCACUGAAGAGUUACUGAGUAAGAAACACUUUGAAGAAGAUUUUGCUAAUCAGUUAAAGUCCAAAAUACAGCUUGAAGGUUUGAAGGAGCAAUCUGUACCUAAAGAUUCAGAUGAUGUUUCACAUGGCAAAAGUUUUGCAAAUAGGGCGACUCAGUCCAGUUCUCAUGGGAAGGACAACAUUCAAGCUCUGCCUACAUCAAAAGCUGAGACUUCCGUCCAGUCUUCUAAGCCAGCCACAGAUAGUCUCAAGGCAUUUACAGGCUCUAUUGUAGAGCACACUCGCAAUAUACAAAUGAAUCCAAGGGAACAAGCUGCAUCUUCAUCUCAGUCUUCUGGGUCUCAACCUACGAAGCCAGUUUCUAGAUUCAAGAUGCAGAGAAGAUAGCCAUCGACACCAAUCACAUGUGAACAAUCAAAUGCCAAAUAGAAAAUUCAACAAGUCUCUUCUUGUGUGGGCACUCCUAGGACUAUUUGGCUCCUUCCCCAGUCUUCUUGCCGAUGGAAUGAAGCAUUGAGGAGUUGAAACACUAGUUCUUUUGGAGAGUUGAGGUGAUGUGGGAGAUUGUAAACAAAGAGAGGGAGUUAAGUCUGGGCCAUCUUUUCUUAUGAUAAAAUUGAAAUUGUAUUUUGGAUAUGAAAAAUUAGUGGAGAAAAGAUCUGUACAUUCAUUUUUUGAUA